CCCGACACUUCUUGCAUCAAAUUAUCACGGGUAUGCUGUAUCUUCAUUCUCAUGGAAUACUGCACCGCGACCUCACCCUUUCUAAUAUUUUACUCACCAAUAAUAUGAACAUCAAGAUUGCUGAUUUUGGACUAGCAACGCAGCUGAAAAUGCCUCAUGAAAAACAUUACACCAUGUGUGGAACUCCAAAUUACAUUUCUCCAGAGAUAGCCACAAGGAGUCCACAUGGACUUGAGUCUGAUGUGUGGUCUUUGGGCUGUAUGUUUUACACUCUUCUUAUUGGAAAGCCACCUUUUGACACUGACACAGUCAAGAACACAUUGAAUAAAGUAGUAUUAGCAGAUUAUGAAAUGCCAGCCUUUUUAUCAAGAGAGGCACAAGACCUUAUACAUAGGUUACUUCGCAAAAAUCCAGCAGAUCGCUUGAGUCUUUCCUCAGUGUUGGAUCAUCCUUUUAUGUCCAGGUGUAGCUCUGCACGGAGUAAAGAUACAGGAACUUCAGAAGAUUCCAUGGACAGUGGAAAUGCUACCAUCUCUACAACCUUCACAGGCUCUUCCAGCAUCAGUACCAGUGGUUGCUUGAAGGAAAAGAAGAAGCUGAUAGUUGGACAGCCACUCCCAAAUAAAAUUACAUUUUUCCCUAAAAACAAGAAUUCCAGUAAUACUUCAUCUGUAGAUGGAAGUGGUUCUUUUCAUCAGUGGGGAAUUCCGGGAAAAGAAAUUGGCACGACUGGCUGGGGUAGAACCAUGCAACUUGCUGAAGAGAGACCACAUUCCCGCUACCUCCGAAGAGCCCACUCUUCAGAUAGGUCUGGCGCAUCCAAUAGUCAGACUCAAGGCAUAUCAAAUAUUGAGAGGUGUCACUCUGUGGAACUGCUUUCAAAGCCUAGAGUAGGAACAAGGGAAAAUACAGAAUGCUUUUCACCUGCAAACAGCUAUACUGAUAUAGGAGAAAUAUUUAAGAAGGCUUCUAGUAGUUCUGGUUCUUUUGAAGGGCAAAUAUCUCCACCUGUUAAAGAUCAACCACACUUAAAUUAUCUUUACCCAAUGAAGCCUCAGGUUGGUUUGUUAGAGCAAAAGUCUGAGGCUGAACCAAUGCAGAAGUGGCUUGGAAGCAUGCAAACAAAUGUUCAGCUGAGACCACCUGCAGACCUAGCUGGCAACAGUAAUGCACAUGGAGGUUUUCGGUAUCAUCUGGAUGUGCAGCAAGAUCCAUCAAGAAAUGCCUGGAACACCUUAAAAGAUAUAAGGAAUCAUGAUGUGUCUGUCGACUGUCUGCAUCCUUUAAACCAGAGAAACCCAAAGAAAUACAUCUCUGGAAUUCUUUGCGAAUCGGAGAACAUUCAGCCAUCUUCUAUGUGUCGCCUUUGGUCAACUUCAGAACAAAACCAAAUGUGGGGCAAAGAACUACCAGCACAACAGAAACCUACACUGCGAAGUACAGUAUCACCUCUCAAUGCCCAGAGGCUAAAACCAAUCAGGCAAAAAACGAAAAAUGCAGUGGUGAGCAUUCUAGAUACUGGAGAAGUGUGUAUGGAGUUUGUAAAAGAACACCAUUCACAAGAACUUGUGAAAGAAGUUCUCAGAAUAUCUUGUGAUGGAAACAUGAUUGCAGUUUAUCAUCCAAAUGAAGGAAGAGGUUUCCUUCUCAAUGACAGACCUCCUGCUCCUCCUGAAAACAUCUGUAUGUACAGUUUUGACAACUUGCCAGAGAAGUACUGGAAAAAAUACCAGUAUGCAGCCAAGUUUGUGCAGUUGGUAAGAACUAAAACCCCCAAAGUUACAUUCUACUCAAGAUAUGCUAAGUGCAUGUUGAUGGAAAAUUCACCCACUGCAGAUGUUGAAGUUUGUUUUUAUGAUGGAGCCAAGAUACACAAGACAGCUGGUGUAACUCGUGUGAUUGAAAAGUCAGGGAAAUCCUUCACUUUGAAAGGAGACAGCGAAGCAGGUUUGAAGAAGGAAAUACAGGUGUAUAUGGAUCAUGCAAGUGAGGGACAUCGUAUAUGCCUUGCACUGGAAUCUGCUGUUUUGGAAGAAGAAAAAAGGAGUGAAAGCGUUCCAUUUUUUCCAAUAAUUGUUGGAAGAAAACCUGGCAAUACUGAAUCGCCACAGGCUCUAGCAUCUCCACUGCUGGACAAUACAAACUGUUCAAAAGAAGGUAUGGCACUGGAUAGAAAUAAAGCUGCCAGUUCUACUCCAGUUCAAACUGCAAGCAGUACUCCUUCUGUGGUGUCAUAUGAAAAUUCUACACUUAUGACUAACACUGAAACAACAUGCUCCUCUGUUCAUCAAACGGAAUGCAGUCCAAAUUCAGCCCAACUUGUAAAAUCUGUAUUUGUGAAGAAUGUUGGUUGGGCUUCUCAGCUGACCAGUGGAGCAGUAUGGGUUCAGUUUAAUGAUGGAUCCCAACUGGUAGCCCAAGCAGGUGUUUCUUCUAUCACUUACACCUCUCCAGAUGGCCAGACAAAUAGGUAUGGAGAAAAUGAUAAAUUGCCAGAAUACAUCAAAGAGAAGCUUCACUGUCUGUCUUCUAUUCUUGUGAUGUUUACCAAUCCAGCUGGUCCCCACUGA